AUGAAGCCACAUAUUCGCGAUGUCGUAAACUCUCGCACAUUAAAGGGUUUUAUCGCGAAGAACUUCGUUUGCGCGACCACACUUCAUUCGGCCCCUGGCCCACAGACAUCGUGCGUAGCGGACGUGUUGGAUGGCUGUAUGGGAAAAAUAUUUGGAAAUUCUGGACAAAGUGCUGCACCAGCAGAACAGCACUUUCAAUCUAGUGGCUGCUAUAGACAAAGUUGUUGUCAUGGACAUAUACCAAGCUAUGGAUAUAAUCAAAAUGCAUUUCAAGGCGAGCGAAGCAGCAGUGCUUCUUCAAAUAUGUAUCGACCAUGUAUGGGCCGCUGUAAUCCACCAAAACUCUAUUCUGAUACAUAUGGCUAUUUAAACCAAAAUCUUAUGCAACCAACCAUUAAAGAAGUAUAUCAAGAUUUGAAAAGUAUAACACCGGCAAAUACGGUAAUGAAUAAUCCCAUGGCAAGUCAGAUGGGUUUCAAAGCAGAAUUCGCUGGACAAGGAAAUUAUGGUGGAGUAGGUACGCCUACCCCGUUUCACAAAACUACAUCAAAUGAAACAGAUAAUUCUGCUAUGUCAUUGAAUAAUAUUAAUCAAAUGGAUCAAUAUGGCGGGAUGGGACCGCAAAUUAUGAAUAUGCUUGGAGGGAAUAUUGCAAACCCGAAUAGCACUGGGCAUAAAACUGGUCAGUUAGCUAAGCCAAUGGUAAUUGAUGCCCCACAAUCACAUGGCAAAGUUGGUGUUACACCAUUUUCUACCCAUUUGACAAACCCUUAUGCAGUCCAAGCUAAUGUUACUAAUCAAUAUACAAAUCAGCCAAACAUGCAACCUAAUGCCAAUUCACAAAAUAUAAUGUCAGGAAAUCAGCAACUAUCGCCUAUAAAUGCAAAUCAUAGUCUUUAUGGGCAGCAUUCCCACAGUAUUGCAAAGUUUAAUGAUAUGUUCCCAGGCGUUAUGAAAAAUGAUUUAGGUUUCGAUCCAAUGGCUAUUGCUAUUCAAAUGAAUCCAGCAAAUCAAAAACAAUCUUCUAUGGAUUCCAUUCAUAAAAUAAUGAGUAAUAAUAAUGAUAUGAAUAGCAAUUUUGAUAAGAACGCUAAUACUUCGCAUUUAGAAACUGCUAACAUGCACAAUAACUUACAGCAGUCUCAGAUACAAAAUAUACCUCCUAGAGAAGUUUACCGAGAAAUUAUCCCAAUGAACAAACAAGGAAACUUUGUUAAUGCUAGCCAAAACCAGAAAAUUCUUCCCAAUAUACAACAUUCAUUGCAGAGGAACGAUGUUCACAGAUCAUCGGUUGGUCAAUCCAAUCAGCAAGUUUAUUCUAUGCUCACAGGUUCCCCAGUUGCAAACCAACAAAAGCCUAUACAACAUCAACAACCGAUCGUUGUUGAUCCGACCUCUGGUACCGUAAUGAAACCACCGAAUUUAUCAACAGUUUACGAAGAAAAUGUACCAAAUGAUGCACAAUCAAUGGCUCAGAACCUAAAUAGGUCUCCCAAUAGUCAACAAAUGAUAAAGGAGCCGAUAUUUCCAGCGGAUACGUCAAAAUAUGCUAUUUCUAAGCAAAAAUAUCAAGGGUAUAAUACUCUAGGUCAACCAAUAGAAAUGCUAUCCGCUGAUAUAUAUCAUACACCCUUACCAUCUCUUCCACAAACUUUAUCUCCACAACCUGAAAUGAAAUAUAGAAACGAUAGUGCAAAAUAUAGUAAUGUGAAAUCAACGAUAAGUAAAACAUCAUUGUUAGCUACUAAACCUAUGGGUAAAACACCUAGCAAAAAUCAAUUGCAACAAAUCUAUAAUCAAUAUAAAGGUUCUCAGUCUUACACGCAGCAAAAUAUAAAAGAUCAGGCGAUCAAAGGAGUUUCCAACUCAGAAAGGAGGCUGCGCAUGCCACCUGUACAUACAAUAAAUCAUCAACAAGUUCCCAUUGAAAGAAUCGGUGGAGAUACCGCAGCAAAUAAUCCAAUACAAGAUCAAAGAACUAAUAAAAUUGAGCAAAUAAUAGGAGAAAUUGGUGAUGUACCAGGCGCAAAUAUGCCAUUUGGAGAAGCAGUGACUCAAAAGGUGGUCCCACCUGACAAUCGUAAAUGCAGAAAUGGUUUACAAGACGUCGUUUUUACAUCAUAUCCAACGUCAGCCGCCUGGUCCUUCCACGGAUAUAAUAAGCCUUUGCCCUCCGCUGCAUAUCGAUAUCGCAACAAAAUU